AUGUUGAGCGCUCCCAAAGCUCUCUUUUGUUCAUUUGCCCUCUUGAACCUUCUGGUGUCGAAUAAUGUCACCCUUUCGAAUGACCUAACCCCUUCAUCACGAGAUGUAAGCGUCUUCCCAAGACAUCUAUCUGAACUGAAACCUAAUUCCUCUACCAUGCAUUCAUCGAAGAAAGGAGAAACUCAAUACCCUGAUAGGAGUAUUUUCUCAGUUUCUCUUUUCACAGAACAUUCAGAUAAUGCCGCGUUAUUAUCAGAAUUAAAAAGAAAAGAGCACUCAUUUCAUGAAUGUAGUUAUUCCGACCGUUAUGUGUCAAAAGAAGAUAUGGCUGCUUUGCUUGAUGGAUUUGAGAAAUUAUAUCUCAUCGAGCACGCAAGAACGUUGGAUCGAUUAUCAAAAGCACUUUGUGAUUUAGCAGAAAAAUAUGGAAUGUCAGACAGAUACAAAAGACAGUUGUGGAAGGAAUGUAAGCAAAACAUUGAAUCUGAACUUAGAAUAAAAAAGGAUUCUUAUAAAACACAGUAUAAUUCAUUUGUAAUGUCGCAUAGUAAAAGAUCCUGUGCUUUCAUUAGAUUUUAUAAAAAAUACGUUAAAGCAUGGCAUAAUGCCUUAAUCGAGAUGGAAAGGAAAUGGAAUAGAAAUUUUACGGAGGGAACGCGAAAAUAUACAACGCCCCUUCCAAAACCAAGAACAGCAUGA